ACAUGUUCAAACACAGCAGCACGAUAAAGAGGAAACUGCUGAGCAGCAGAACAUCAGCAGAGACAGAAAAUUACACAUCAACUGCCCGUAAAAGACAGACAUGGCCAGCAAAUACACUCGCCUUGCAGAGCAAGAGGAGCCAGAGAAGCCAGAACUCAGGAUUUUGCUUCUUGGAAAAACUGGAGUUGGAAAGAGUGCUUCAGGAAACACCAUCUUAGGAAAAAGGAAUGCUUUUGAAUUUACAUCAGAGUGUCAGAAGGAAACAGGAGACUUUGAAGGUCAAAAACUGGCUAUAGUUGAUACUCCAGGUCUGUUUGAUACCCAUAAAACUGAAGAGGAGUUGACAGCAGAGAUGGAGAGAUGCAUCUGCUUUGCUGCUCCUGGUCCUAAUGUGUUCCUGGUUGUGAUUCAGGCCAACAGAUUCACAGAAGAAGAUCAAGAAACAGUGAAAAUCAUUCAGAAGAUGUUUGGAAAAAGGUCAGCAUGUUCCACAUUAGUCUUGUUCACCCACGGAGAUUACCUGAAGUCAGAUGGAAACACCAUAAAGGAAUUAAUCAGUAAAGAUCCAGCUCUCAGUGGCUUCAUCAGUAAGUGCGGUGGAGGAUAUCACAUCUUUAACAACAGAGACAAGGAUCCCUCUCAGGUCAGAGAACUGCUGGAGAAGAUCAACACCAUGGUUCAGAGAAAUGCAGGAAGAUACUACACCAUUGAAAUGUUCAGAGAGGCUGACCUUCGGAUUGUUCUUAUUGGGAAAACUGGAGUUGGGAAGAGUGCAUCAGGAAACACCAUCUUAGGAGAAAAAGCUUUUAAAUCCUCAGCAGGUUUUUCUGUAGUAACAUCAGAGUGUCAGAAGGAAACAGGUCUGUUUGAUGGUCAAAAACUGGCUGUAAUUGAUACUCCAGGUUUAUUUGACACCGGAAAAACUGAAGAAGAGGUGAAGGAAGACAUCAGUAGCUGCAUCAACCUUGCUGCUCCUGGUCCUCAUGUGUUCCUGGUUGUGAUUCAGGCCAACAGAUUCACAGAAGAAGAACAAGAAACUGUCAAAAUCAUCAAGAAUAUGUUUGGAGAACAGUCAGCACGUUACACUAUGGCCUUGUUCACCUGUGGGGACAAUCUUGAGGCAGAUGGAGUCCCAAUAGAAAAAAUGAUCAAUGAUAAUUCUGUUAUCGCUGACUUUAUCAGUCAGUGUGGUGGAGGAUAUCAUGUCUUUAACAACAGAGACAAGGAUCCCUCUCAGGUCAGAGAGCUGCUGGAGAAGAUCAACAUAAUGAUUAAGAGAAAAGGAGGAGGAUGCUACACCACUGAAAUGUUCAGAGAAGCUCAGAUAGCCAUGAACAAACCAGAAGCCGACCUCAGGAUUGUUCUUGUUGGGAAAACCAGAGUUGGGAAGAGUGCAGCAGGAAACAUCAUCUUAAGGGGAAAAGUAUUUAGAUCAACAGACUUCUCUUCCUCUGUAACAUCAGAGUGUCAGAAGGAAACAUGUCAGUGUGAAGGUAAAACACUGGCUGUAGUUGAUACUCCAGGUCUGUACAAAACUAAACUAACUAAAGAGGAGGUGAAGAGAGAGAUUGUUAGAUGCAUCUCCUUUGCUGCUCCUGGUCCUCAUGUGUUCCUGGUUGUGAUCCAACCAAAAAGAUUCACCAAAGAAGAACAAAAAACUGUGAAAAUCAUUCAGAAGAUAUUUGGUGAUCAAGCAGCUGAUUACACGAUGGCCUUGGUAAUCCAUGAAGAUGAUGUGAAGGAAGAUAUCAUAGAAGAAGCAAUCAAACAUCCAGAUCUCAAAGACUUCAUCAGUCAGUGCCAUGGAGGAUAUCAUGUUUUUAACAGCAGAAACAAGGAUCCCUCUGAGGUCAGAGAGCUGCUGAAGAAAAUCAACACAAUGACUGAGAGAAAUGGAGGAUGCUGCUACACCACCAAAAUGUUUGAAGAGGCAGAGAAAGCCAUAAAAACAGAGAUGGAACGACUUGAGAAAGAAAAUCCAGAGAUGACGGCCAAAGAAGCAAGAUACAAAGCAGAAAGAAGGAACGAGUUUACUCAGGGGAGUCAGUAUGCUGUUAUUCCUGGAGCUGAUAGUGGUGUUAAUGUUAGAGCUGCUGCUGGUGCUGGAGCUGGGGCUGGAGUUGCUACUGGUAUUGGUGCUGGAAUUGGCAUUGAAGUUGCUGUUGCAGCUGGUGUUGGAGCCAUAGGGGGUCCAGUGGGAGCUGCAGUAGGAGCAUUAGCUGGAGCUUUAGUGGGACUUGCAGCUGGUUUCACAGUAAAAUCUGUAAUUUCAAAAAGAAAAUUAAAUGAUUGUGUUACACAGUAAUAAUCAAUGAAAAAUUACAUUUAUCAGCAGCUUGUCAAUGCUCCAUUAACAAGAAAAUGGAUCAAAAAUAAUAACAGUAAUAGUAAUAAUUUUUUGAGUAUGCGUUGUUUAGAUAGAUGGAUGAAAGAAAGACAUAAUAUAUGAGAUGCAAAAGAGAAAGACAUAAAGUUAAGAAACAAUAUGUUUCUUUAGGACAGCUGAGUUGUUGUUGAAGUUGAUGCUCCACAUACCACUGAAGUUGGAGUUG